AUGAACCUCCAAGCACACUUCAGAGCUGCUGAGCUCAGUCAGCGUUAUAAGAUUCACUCUCCGGGCAAAUUGAGUGGCAAAACAGUGAUUAGCUGGGAACUAGUAGUGGGGGAACAGUCUCAGAACUCUGGGAGUGGGACCACAGUGUUGGCGGGGAAUCCUGGCUCAAGGAGGGACAAUCCAGUCAACAUCAACCACUAUGCAACUAAGAAGAGUGUGGCAGAAAGCAUGCUGGAUGUGGCGCUGUUCAUGGCCAAUGUCACACAACUCAAAGCGGUGCUGGAGCAGAGGGUUUCAUUCCAGUAUUAUGCCACCCUGAUAUCGCUCAUCAGCAUCUCUCUCUUCUUCCAGGUGGUGAUUGGAAUUCUUCUUAUCAUCAUUGCUCGGCUGAACCUGAAUGAUGUGUCAAAGCAGCACCGCCUGAACGUGCUCAAUAAUGUUGCCACGGCUCUGAUCUUCAUCACCGUCAUCCUCAACAUCUUCAUUACCGGCUUUGGUGUGCAGAAGACUGGUCUCUAG